AACUUUCGUGACUUCCCAUUGGUCGACGCUCCCGUCAGUUUGUCCGCUUCCGGCUUUGCUGCUCGGUUUGUUAUGGGACUUCUUGACUUCAGCUUAAUUCGAGUCCUUUUUUUACUAAAGUCGCAACAUGUCAGGACCCAAUGGCCUGAGACGGCCAGGACCCCGGAAAGUGUCCUUAAUUUCGACCAACCAGCUUGUCCAGAGCCGCUCGGAAGGUACCAUCUGCCUGCAGCGGGGGACCAUGUGUGAGGAGAAGCCUUCCAACAAUGCCGAGUUCGUCUUUAUAAAGGUGCUGGAAAAGGCCAUUACUGCGACAGUGGCGAGAAGUAUUCUGCAGGAGGUACCAGAUGACUGUGUUGGCCUGUUGGAGCCUGUGGAACCAGAGACUCGCCUAAAACUACUAAGAGAUCCUCAGAAACUGCUCGACUUGGCCAGUCUGCCCAUCGGCACCCACCUGUGGGCCCGAACUGGCCCAGGGGACGACUAUUCAGAGGCUGAGCUCAAAUAUUUCGGGCCUCUGACCCAAGAGGGCAGAGCUCAUUUCUUUGGGGUGCAGCUCUUGGGCUCCGCAGCGAACAAAGACAUCGCCAACAAUCUCUACACCAGCUCAGACGGAAACAUCAUCUUCGUCCCGAUCAGCCACGUAAAAUGGAAAUACCGAAACCGCGGCCUAGAUGGCCAACAACGGCCGCGUCAGCUCCGCCACAGUGUCCACCAUCGCCGUCCCGUGAACAGGAGUUACAGCCACCUUGAUAAUCAGCCCCAGUCGCUGGGUUUCCUCCCCAGAGCGACCGAGCAGGCAUCUGCAGCAACACUGAGUGUGGGACAACGGGUGAGUAUAUCCCAGGAGGGCACUGCUGUGAGCGGAGAGGUGCGCUUCUGCGGUACCUUGCCUGCUCGGUCUUCAUCUGAGACUUAUGUGGGCGUCCUGCUGGACACUCCGACUGGCAACUGGGAUGGACAUUAUGAAGGAGAGAGGUUGUGUCAAAUUCCUUAUCCCGCGUAUGGAAAACUGCUUCCAGCAUCGGAUGUUACCCCAGAGUCCCAGCAGCCUAAAAUCCCUCCUCCCCAAGUCCUGAAAUCCAUUUUGAACACCUCGGCACCCACUACCAGACGUGCCGCAGCACCCACGCCCGCCCCACCCACUACCAAACAUGCCUCAGCACCCACGCCCGCCCCACGGGUUGCCCUGAUGCCGCCAUACAAAAAAAACCUGAAACCUGUUCCUCCGCCGCCGACCCUCCCCAAGUUGGUCCACAAUUUCCUUCCUUCGCCGCCUCCCAAGCCGGCGAUCACUGCGGUGCAUCCCACAAAUGGCCCACGCAACCUACCCUCACCGCCCAUGUUGGAAGACGUCGAUGAGGCAGCGAGGGAGAGCGGGGAGACCCUGGAGGUGGGCUCCAUGGUGGAAGUGAACGACCCGCCCCUUUAUGGGGUGAUUCGCUGGAUUGGAAACUUUAAUGGGGUUCCUGAGGUGGUGGCAGGCAUCGAGCUGGACCAGGAGAUGGCGGCAGGAACGGACGGCAGUUACCUUGGCGAACGCCACUUCCGCUGCCCGCCUAACAAGGGACUCUUCGUCAAGCUCUUUAACUGCAGGCGGGACUCCAGAUUCCCUGUUCCUGAAGCCCGUGUCAAUCAAGUGGAGCGCUGCAACUCCAUAGCUUUCGCAGAGUGGGGCAGCGAGCGUGUGGAGGACCAUACGCCUCCUUUGGAAAGCGAUAAAGUCAAGGAGCUUUAUCAGGGCUGGAAGAGAGGCAUUCAGGGUCACCUCAACUCCUGCUACCUGGAUGCCACGCUCUUCAGCCUUUUCUCCUGCUGUGGCUCAGCAGACUGGUUGUUGUUUUGGCCGUCGGAGGAGAAAGAAGAUCAGAGCUCCAAGCAAGCACAAGACCUGCUACGCUGCGAAAUUGUUAAUCCCCUGCGCAGGUACGGCUAUGUGUGUGCCAGUAAGACCAUGGCCUUGAGGCGACUGCUGGAGGCAGCCAACACAAACGCAGGCUUCACCAACCAAGAAAAAGAUCCGGAAGAGUUCCUCAACAAGCUCUUCCAGCUCCUCCGAGUCGAGCCGCUCCUCAAGAUCAGGUCAAUGACUCAAAAGCAGCAGGAGUGUCACCUCUACCAGCUCUUUCCGCCUCACACUCCUGCCUCCUCGCCGUCCUCCCCCAAAAAGUCCCCCGUUUUGUUGCCCUCACCACUAUUCAACCGCAUGAGAGUGGCAAGUGUGCAAGCCCUGCUGGAGUCAUCAUUCCUCCACGCCAGCCUCAAGUUUGCGGAGGCUCCAUCCAGCCUCUUACUUCUCAUGCCUCGCUUUGGGAAGGACUUUAAGAUGUUUGAUGCCAUCUUGCCCACCCUGUGCCUGGACAUCACAGACCUGCUGGACGACACAUUGAGGCAGUGCAGCAUCUGUCAGGCGGUCGCCCAGUGGGAGUGUGUGGAGUGUUAUGGAGACGAAGACAUAACGCCUGGACAUCUCAAACAGUACUGUCACACCUGCAACACUCAGGUCCACGGUCACAAGAUGCGAGGCUCCCACUCCCCAGUGGAGCUUAGCAUCCCCGAAGGGGCAUUGAACAGCCCGAAGAACUGUGCCCGCCAGAAGAUGGUUCUCUUCGCUGUGACGUGCAUCGAGACCAGCCAUUAUGUCAGCUUUGUCAAAUACGGGCCUCUGCCCUCUGAUUGGCUCUUUUUUGACAGCAUGGCCGACCGUAAAGGAGGUGAGAAUGGCUUCAACGUGCCCCUGGUGAAGCCUUGCCCAGAGGUGGACAGCUACUUCAGCCUGUCACAGGAAGAGCUCAGCAGAGUUGACCCCGCCUCCUUACAGGAACCUGCUCGCCGUCUGCUGUGUGACUCGUACAUGUGCUUUUACCACAGCCCCGAACUCAGCCUCUACAAGUGACCUCUCGCGUCAGUUGUCUUUUCAUAUUCCCAAUGAAAAAAGUCAGAACGUCAUAACAAUGUCUCACUUCUAAGUUGAAUUAAUUCAAAAAUAUUUUUAAAAUAUAUUUUGAACACACUGUUUAAAGAAUUGUAAUUUUUUUUUUACUUGUGUUCUUGUUACAAGUUGGUUUGCACUGCCGGGAUGUGUCUUAAAUGUUUGCACUAUGUUUACAGUUGCACAACAAAUUGUAAAUUAUAUUUAUCUGUCUCUUACAAUAUUACAAAUGGUUCAUUGGGAGUAUAUUGUUUUUUUUUUUUAUAAUGGCCAGUUAUUAGAAGUCUGCCUUUUCUUACCAUAAGAGUUGGGUAAUUGUGUGUGCUACUGUAAGCUCUGA